AUGUCUGAAGCAACCGGAACGAGCUGGACGUCAGCCAGCAGGGUGUCCACACCACCUACCUCAGUCACUUCGUCAUCCUCAGACUUCUCCGACGAUUCGGUAACGAGCACCGAGUCCGAAGUCCGAUGGCGCCGCCGCGCAAUCUUCGGGCGGGAGGAAAACCCGCCGACGAUGUGGGACAAUCUGAGCCAACAUCGCUACAUGGACUGGCGGAGCGUGGAUACCGGAAGCGAUCACGAGGAAGACGGUGGUGACAUUUGGGUGCCCGACGAUUGGGUCGCGAGAGACGGAUGGCCACCGCUCGCGCUCCUCGGCGCCAGCGAUGAGGGAUGCCAGCGUCGAUCUGUGCUUGUGCAUUGGACAUGGCACCCUGAGCCUCCGUUUCCAUCUACACCUGAAUCCGUUCAGGCCAUCGAGGACGUCAUGGCGAACACGGAACUCGAACCGCUCGCCCCAGCUAUCGGGAGGGUGCGGUUCCACAAUGUACCAGGGCUGGAGCAGUACGUGCUCGCCAAUUUGGACAGUGAACCGCAGAGUAUGCAGUGGGAGGGGCUCUGUUUUCACCGUAUCGACUAUGGGACUUGCGGUAGAGAUGUUGUCGUGUUCGAGAAGAGGUUGGGAGAGAUGUUGCUGGGGUGUCCUGGUGGAGGACCGGUUUGGGAGACACUCGCCCAAGGACGGAGGUGGGAUUGGCUCGUGAAGGCUCACCGACGGCGCGAUGCGCCUCCUCGAAGUGAUGCAUUGGUGUUCGAAAAGCAUUGGCUGAGCUCGAAGACGUCGCGAAGGAUAUCAAGAGACCGAGAUCGGGAUCUUCAAGAUGGCCGGUCAUGCGAGCGUAACGUUGUCUCACAUUCGGAAGCGUUACAGGUCCACGGCUCCCCCCAGGCCCCAGGAAUCGACAUGGCGCUUGCAAUGGAUCAUGACGGAGAGUCUGGGCUCAUCUCCUUACGGCGACCGUUGCUGGUACUAUGCGGAGCACUGGCAAGGCUACCACAAAGCUACAAACGAACGCGCGGUAUGGCAACAUGGCAAGAGAACCGCCCCUUGAAGCGUGCUCGUGUAACUGUCAGAGGCAGCCACAUGACCAAUGUUGGUCUCAUAGGGGGCUUGCCCGCAAUCACAGGGCCAAUGGUUACCACAGCGACACCCGCCAGCCACACCACGUUCCACAGAGGGGAGGAUGCCGCUCCGCCUAAAUGCAUUUGCUUGCAACGACAAUCCUACCCCCCCCUGCUCGUUGGUCUUACCCAUGAAUUGGACACUCCAGUGGCGAGCAACGAGACACAUAGUCCCCUCCCGGUACCUGUCGACAGUGGACGGCCCGCGGCAGAUGCCGAUGUGGUGGCUCUUCUUGAACGCCGACUUUGA